UCUCCCGCUGCUACUAAGUCGGCUUCGGGAGCCACAAAAGUCCAGCCUUAUGGGGUGGUUCGGGGUACCGCGUGGGACCGUCGAAAGCCUCAAAGCUGAAGGUGGAACGAACGGCCCCAGGCCCUUACCUCUGCAGGUGAUCGAUUCGACGUUUAAAAAAGCACAUGCGGAUUUUGGUCUCACCCUACCCAUGAACCUUUCCCACGACAGAAGAAAUCCACUCCAACAAUUGUUUUGGGCUGAGAUGAAGGGAGUAUAAUCGCUAAAAAGUGGCAACCAAACCAGUUGACAGCGGAGACUAAACUCUGCCAAUGCCUAAGAAUACCUACGGAGGAUAUUUAACUCCACGGCGAGCUGGAGACAAGAAGCACUAUACUAGCGUAGCCUCGCAAGGACAUACCAUAGUACAGUACACUAAUACAACCGAACCACCAAACCAGUUUGACAGCCAUGCGGAAUAUACAAAACAGCUUUGCACAGACCACAAGCC